UGCCAACAUGCAGCGGGUUCUUAGUUUUCAAAUGGCUCGCGGUUUCAGCGAGUCGAGCGAGUUCGUAACGAAACGUAUGUGUUUCUCGUUUCUCUUCUCCGUCGGUUUUCUUUGUCUACUGUGCGGUUUUUUACUUGGACGAUUCGCUACGCAAAGGGCCAUUGAAUUCCGAGCGGAAAAGCAACGUCUUGAGUUCGCCGGAAAUGGUCUCGAGAACACCGAAUAUCUUCAGCAUCUGUUGCACGAGCAACUGGAAAGGGCGCCACUCGAUCCUGAUUUUGAAACGAAAUGGGAGCUUUUCAAUGUCGGAGAAGCUGAUGUGCGCCGAGUGAACGGAAUCCUGUCGAAUUUAUCGCUCAUUCAUAAAGUUGUCGAACACCAAUCAUAUAUCGCUGCAAUCGCUCGAGGAUCCAGAGAACCUGACAGGUAUGUGGUUUUGUCGGCUAGCGGUGAAGGCGUUGGUAUUGCUUUAGAAUUGGCAAAAAUUUUGAAUCAUAUUCAAGGAGAACACCGGUGGAAACCGCGCAGAUCAAUAGUUUUCUGUUUAUUCUCGGGAUCUUCCAAUCCUUGUUCAGAGAUAUUUUCUACUUUUAUGCAUCACAAAGUUGUAGCUUAUUUGGUUAUACAUCAUCAAGCUUUGCAGGGGAAGGGUCCUUUUGUUGUAUCUGGAUCUGAUAUAGUACAAUCUACAGUCCUAGAAUCUGCAAAUACUGUGAAAAAUUGGUUAUCUCACAAUAGUCAAUUAUUGUCUCUAAACAAUGCAUUUCACAAUGUUACAAUUUCAAGACUUACUUUAGAUAUACCUCAUGCAGUAUUGUCUUUUAUGAAUAAUAAUGUUACAUACACUGAAAAUCAUCAUGAGAGAGAAUUACGUAAAAUAAUAUUAGCACAAGUAUUUGGUCAAACUGUUUGGAAAUUAUCUGAAUGUUUAGUUAUGAAAUGGAAUCCAAGUUACUUCAAUGAAACUGUUUCUACAGCAAUGGGAUCUAUAAAUAAUACUGAAUUAUUAGAAGUCAAAGUUGAAGUACUGGACACUGUAACAAAAUUAUUACAUAAUGUGAAACUUUUGAAUGAAAAGAUUGAUGCAAUUGACAAUAUUAAUACGCUUAAUACCAGAAUACUGAAUGAUUUGUUAAUGGAUUUGGAUAGAGCUCUUCUCUGUCCUGAUAAUAAACUCCAAUCCAGAACUAAUUGGUCAGAAUUUCUUAGACUAAAUCACAAGCCUCUUAACAUAAUAUCAAUGCACCUUAAAGAGAUGGUACAGUGUUAUGAAAUUGCUAUUCAACUAUUACAAGAUCGAUAGUAGAAAUGCAAAGUACAAAGAGUUUAGGUAUAAUAUUUUUUAAUGACUGUGGUAACAUUAGUUACCACUAAAAUCUAUUGCACUCUGAUAUUUUAAACACUUUUACCAUAAACUAUGUUCAAUUUUACAUUUAGGAGUUCCUAUUUUUCAUUCAGAUGUUAUAAAAUGCACGCAUACAUAUCUAUGUUUAUGUACAUAAAAAGAAGUACAAAAUAUGUAUUACUUCUGCCUGUGAUAAA